ACAAACGUCCGAGGAGCACCUGAAUGCAGCACAGCGGCUGGUUGUGUUCUGACAGGAGCUGACGGUUGAUGUCGGGGUGGUUGACAACAAGCUAAUAUCCCAGCAUGGAGAGCUCUACAGAGGCGGCUGCCACCAGCCCCACAGCACGCACCUUCUCCCAGGUGGUGUUCAUCGACACCCCUCACUCAUACCCACCCUCCACCCCCCUCACCUGCCGCUACACCCUCACUGAGGCCUUCCAGCCAAACCCGAGGGACUGGGUGGGCAUUUUCAAGGUAGGGUGGAGCACAACAAAGGAUUAUCAUACCUUUGUGUGGGUGGAGCCAUGUCUGGAUGUGGGAGGGCAAGAGUCUGCAACUAGGCAAGCUUUUUUUAAAGAUUACUACCUGCCUAAGGAUGAGCUCGAGUUCUAUCAGUUCUGCUACAUUGACUUUACUGGGCAAGUGCGGGGAGCCAGCACGCCGUUCUGUUUCAAAAACCCGGUGGAACAAAGCAUUGAAAGCAGCCCAGAUGAUGACCUCAUGGUUAUUACAACACAGGAGCAGGUUGAAAAGAGCGUACAUGAGAAAGCUGAACUGCAGAAGAAGCUGGAUCAGAUAAGGAAGGAAAAUGAAACCUUAAAAAAUGAUCUACAGAAGGAACAGCAAGAAGCUGCCAGCUGCAAGGGGCAGAAUGAACAGAAAGACAAAGAAAUGAGUCAAUUGGUCAAAGAAAUGGAUCAAAUGAAGGAACAACAUGAAAACUUAAAAAGCCUGUUACAGCAACAAGUGAAAGAAACAGACAACUUAAAGGAGGAGAUGUUGACCCAGAAGAUAAAGCAGAUGGAGAUGCAGCAACACAAUGCUACUCAGCAGAAAACAUGGAGUCAAAGCUUGAGUGUAGACGGAGCAUCAAGACCAAAUGAGGAGAAAUACGACCGAGCUGUGAUGAAGAUCAACCAGCUCAAAGAGGAGCGUGAGGAGCUGAAGGGGAAGGUCGAUGCUCAAAGUGUGGAGAUUUCCAUGCUAAAUUCCCAUCUCAGAGAAAAAGAGAGAGAACUGCUCAAAAUGAAAGACAGCAUACAGCUCCUUCAGGUUGACCUUCAGAGCGGUGAGAAAGACAAGGAGAGGCUCUCUGCAGAGCUGCAAAGGUUGCAAAGCAUCGCACACAACAUGGACGAUGUGAAGAGUCAGAACCAGGAGUUAUCUAGGAGGCUGUCGCAGCAGUUGACACUGCAGAACUGUCCAGAUGACGAUCUAAGAGUACGGUGUCAGACUCUUGUCGGCCAGCUGCAGGACGCUCAGGAGAAACUGGCUGCGGAGAGGGACGAGAACAGAAACGUCAAGAGGCAGGCCGAGUUUCUGAAGGAAGAGCUGCUGGAAACCAGGGAGCAGCUGGAGAAGACAAUCUCAUUAAAUGAGGAGGAAGCACGGAAAUCUGGCAAACUAGAGCUACAGUUCAGAGAGGCAUGUGAAACAAUCGCAGGUAAAGACAUCAUCAUAGAAGAUCAAGAACAGAUGAUCCGGCUGGUGAGACACGAGAAAGAAGAGCUCGAAAGACAAAACCAGAAUCUCACUGGUGAUCUUGUCGAGCUGCGCAGAGUUUACGCUGAAGUCAGCGCAGCUCCCCCCGCCGACCCCCCACACAUGCAGCCUGACAACACCGCAGCCAGCCGUGACUGGCAGCAGCCGGCGACACCAGAACAGCCUGAGAACCUGUAUGAGACCAUAGAUAGCAUCAUUGCAGACCCAGAGGAAGAGCGGGCGCUGGUGUGUCGUCACUGCCAGGAGAGCUUCCCCUGCAUCACCCAAAACGAACUGGAGCAGCACGAGCAGAGCCACCGAGUGUGUCCCUUCUGCACCAUGAUCUGCGACAACAUGGAGCAGUCCGUGUUUGAGGAUCACGUCUACGGCCACGAGCUGUGAGACCCGCACGUGUGAUUCAUACGUCUGGAGAAUCAACGACUUACAAGUUGAGGGUUCACGUAGAAGAGGACCAUACUGAUAUUUUUUGCACACAUUUCCUGCAAAUCACAUUACUUAACAUUACGGUUGCCUGAAUUUUCCAAAGCAUACUGAGGUUUUUUGGGGGUUUUGUUGGAGGGGGGGAGGGGGGCCUUAGUGUCCAUCAUGCACAAAGAAUCUGUUGGCAGAGACAUGAAGCCUGCCUGAGUUGCAGUAUGUAAUCCAUCACAGUGAACACCAUGUCCUCAUUUAUUUUGGUCAAAUGUUGCACAGUAAUGUAUUUAAAAGUAAAUUACCACAACUGGGCAUCAUUUGAAAGGAUUGGAGACUUUUUAGAUGCAUGCAGACAUAUUUUGCCUGAACAAAAUAGUCUAAAGUUGUCUGUUGAAUUCACAUAUUAGGCAAGUGUUCACAAAUAUUCUUUUUAUAAUUAAAUUACUGGCAACAGUACAUGACACACGAAUGUUUGUGGUUCUGCCUUCCUCAGUGUGUGUCCCAGUGAUUAUGUCGACCUCGUCUUCACCCCGCCAUCGCCACAACUCUUCUGACCUCCACUGUGAGGUUUGCCUCAUGUUGGGAAGUCAAACGUUUGCCAAGUGUUGUCAAUAAUUCAAUUAAAAGAAGCAAAUGUGUGAUAACUUUUCCCUGGAUUGUGCAUGUAGCCCACUAAAGGAAGUCAGGAGACUAAACAUUAAGUUGAGAAGAGGCCAUUCUCUCCUUUGUUUUGUAUUAAAGAUUGCAAACUUCUGAUUUAAAUCAGAAACUAUCCAACCAAAUAAAAAAACAACAGUAUAAUAAAUCUGACCACACAGUUGAUCCUCCUGCGACCUGGGUCUGGCAAUGCAACACAACGUCUAAAUUAAGCCACUUUCAAACCUCUGAAAUCUGAUUUUCAUGUUGAGCUAAAAUAAAAUGAUUAAAAAAACUCUUCUGGUAUGCUUUGGAAAAUAACCAGCAGUAAAGAAUAUAUUAUUGGUAUUAAACAGGCUUUAACAAUGUAACAGUUCUUUAAGUUGAUGGAAAGAUAAUUUAAAUAAAGCAUGGCACAUUUAAAACUUAAUAUUUAACAAUUCUUCAUUUACAUUAUAGCUUUGCGCUUUUCAUCUGUGAGGAAAUUGAUGUUUUAAUAUAACCUGAACGAGUCGAUUCAAGUAUUAACUUCUGUUAAUUUCUGUUGAUUUUAAAAUGUAUGACAGAAUGAAUUGUUGAUAUGAGGUUGAGCAAGUGAAUGUAUGUGAAUUAUUAAUGGAAAUGAUUAAAAUGCAUUUUAAUGGGUGUGUGAAAUAA